UUCACCUUGGUCGGGUAACUGUUGGGGCCGGCCAUUUAGCGCCACUCCAAUCUCUACAUUCGACGUGUUCGCAACUCGCCACUGACAACAUUGAUCAACGGCAUCGUCCGACUGAGGCAUAUCAAAAAUUCGAAUCGCGAAGAAUCGAGAUAUUACCAAUAUGACUGCCACUAUCGGCGCCGAAGUUAAAGUCCGGCGACCGGUUUACCAACUCGACGAACUGCAACGUGUCUGCGAUUACAUCAAGCCAAAACGCCCGAUGAGUCAAAGAGUUGGCGAAAAAUGCCGAAAGUUCACCGUCGUCGAUUUCCUGAAGGGGAGUAUUCCUCUUAUCGAAUGGCUACCGAAGUACGAGUGGAAACGCGACAUCGCCGGCGACCUGGCCGCUGGUGUCACAGUUGCCGUCAUGCACAUUCCGCAGGGGAUGGCCUACGCGAUUCUCGGCAACGUUUCUCCAGUGAUGGGAAUCUAUAUGGCGUUUUUUCCCGUUUUGGUCUAUCUCUUCUUGGGCUCUUCCAAGCACAAUUCGAUGGGUUCAUUCGCCUUGAUAUGCCUGAUGACCGGGAAAGUUGUGUCGUCGCACAGUGUCGCGGCAAUCCCGUCGAUAAACGGGACCGACGCCGAGUACGAGGGGGUGGACCCACCCGGCGAACACGCGAGGUACUCGGCCACCGAGGUAGCUACAACGGUGACCUUCGCGGUCGCCAUGAUCCAGCUGGCGAUGCACGUCCUCAAACUGGGCGCAAUUUCUAUCAUACUUUCGGACGCUCUGGUCAGUGGAUUCACCACCGGGGCGGCCAUGCACGUUCUGACCUCACAGAUAAAGGAUCUCUUCGGUCUGCAACCGUCCAGGAGGAACGGCAUAUUCAAAAUCAUAAUGACCUACGUCGACCUGGUCAACGAUAUCGAUAACGUCAACGUUGCGGCUACCGUCCUAUCGGUGGUUACGAUACUGGUACUGAUCUUCAACAACGAGGUUUUGAAGCCGCUGGUCGCCAAGAGGUGUUCCUUCCCCGUGCCGAUCGAGAUGUUUGCCGUACUUUCGGGGACCCUGCUGUCGACGCAGAUGGACCUCGCUCGCGAUUACGGCAUUACGACCGUCGGCGAAAUCCCGGUCGGACUGCCGACGCCGAGUCUGCCACCCCUCGACUUGAUUCCCGCGGUCCUCGUCGACAGUUUGGUGAUCACCAUCGUUUCCUACACCGUGUCCAUGUCGAUGGCCAUAACUUUCGCCCGGAGGAACAACUACGAGGUCGACUCGAAUCAAGAACUCUUGGCCCAAGUGCGUAACGACGCCACCGCAGAUCCAAUGAUAUUGAACCUAUACGGCGCAGGUAAUCUGGUUGGAUCCUUCUUCUCGUGCAUGCCGUUCACAGCUUCGCUCUCCCGGUCCAUGAUUCAGGAAACAGUGGGCGGUAAAAGCCAACUGGCUAGCCUGCUGUCCUGCGGUCUGCUGCUUUGCGUCCUCCUCUGGGUCGGUCCGUUCUUCGAGCCGCUACCCAGGUGUGUUUUAGCCAGCAUCAUAGUGGUCGCCCUCAAAGGGAUGCUGGCGCAGGUGGUGCAGUUGUGGAAGUUUUGGUGCCUCUCCCGCAUCGACGCUGUCGUUUGGACGGUCACCUUCGUCACGGUCGUCUUCCUCGACAUCGAGUACGGCUUAUUGGCGGGUACUUUCGUUUCUUUGGCGUCGCUUCUCGUCCUCUCGCUGCGCCCCUACGUCUGUCGCAUGGGCCUCGUGCCGGGCACUGAAAUUUACUUGGACAUGAAGCGGUACAGAGGGACGGUCGAGGUACCCGGAAUAAGAAUGUUACAUUAUUGCGGUGGUCUGAAUUUCGCAUCGCGUCAGCUAUUCCGAAACGAGGUCUACAAAAUCGCCGGUGUCGUUCCGCAGCAGGAGCUGAUCAAACGCAACGGGCUACAGGCUACCGAACGAGCGGCGCGAAACGAAGGUGAAAAAAAAGAAAGGACGGGUGAACGGGGAGCCGUGCGGCGAUCCGCAGCGCGAAGACGGAAUCACAGGUCGCAAUCGCAACGCCGUGAGCACACAUCCAUAUUAAUGCCUGACAUUCGUAAAAAUACCGAGUUGAGGGUGCUCGUUUUGGACUUGUCGGCACUGGUUUACGUCGAUCCCGCUGGCGUUGAGAUGCUGAGACACCUCGUCGACGAGUUCUUAAAAAUAAACGUUACGGUACACAUCACGGGAUGUUCAGGACCCGUCUACGAGACCAUAAGAAAGUGCAACAACCGCGCCGAGACGGAGGAAGGGCACGAUUUCACCAUGUUCCCGACGAUCGGCGACGCCGUCAAUUUCGAACUUCACGAACGCAUCUCCACCGUGACACAGAGCGGCCCUAAUUCCACCGCUUUCGAGGAACAGGAAUGCACGAGCAGGUUGUGAUCGGACGCCCGCAAUGUAUUUUCACCGGGUGUACACCGCAACUGGUAAUAAAUCGACGAGCUAAUUUUCAAUACCACCGUCGUCGGCGAUUAUUUUUCCCCGCCCUCUCCCGUGCGUACGGAUCGAGCGACGCCGAGAUUACGGACAAGGGAUCUCCGGAAGAGGCGUACGCGAGAUAUGGCUUCGUUAUAUGUACAACGGAUUCACGAACACCGGGGGUGAUUUUUCGUUCGACUAUUUUUAUCUUUCAUUGUCAGUUUCCGUCUGAAAUUUCGUUCGAUAUGAUGCGUGGAAAAAGAAAUUCCCGAUACAUUUCAGCCCUCGAUAUUGAUUCCGAGUACUUUUCGACAAAGGUGGGAAGAUUUCCCCCGCUGAAAAGACGUAAAUAAAAAGUUCAAGUGCAGUCAACGGUUCAAACGCUAAUCACUCGGUAACGAAAAAUCGCGCGAUGAUGAAAAAAAAAGGUCGUGUUUGUAUAUGGGAUACAAAACAAAGCGCGAAAGGUCGUUUCGACGGACCGACGCUGCUCCGUGUUUACAUCACAUUCGCAACAGCGAUCCCGUCGAAAACGAUACGAUAACGACGUGUAAAGCGAAGCUCUCGAACUAUUACGUUGCGAUACUUGUGGAAUCGAUGAAAUUGCAUUUCCAAUGCGUAUGCAACACUCGCAUCUGUACGCUAUCUGUAGAUGAUUUUCGCUGUUAUCUCCAAAAUGGGCACCUUUAACGAAAAAAUGCACAAGGCAAUCUUGUUGGAAAUUUAAUUUUCUACGAAAAAAGUCCUCUGAACCUAAAUGCUCCGAUCAAUAUUUAUCGAGAUAUUGAACUUUAACCUACUCAUUGUGAUUUAAAAGGCAUACAAAUUUUACAUCGCAGGUAAGUAAAAAUUCUAUAACUCAAGAAAUAACAAUCGGACCAUUUAGGUGUAGAGGACCUUUUUUCUAGACAACUGAAUUUCCAACAAAAUUGUCUCAUAGAUUAUUUCGGUAAAGUUGACCAUUUCGGCGGCAACGGCGAAAAGACGAGAAUUUUGGGUAAAAAUCAACUUUAACGACGCGUACCAUUCUUGCCGGUGUAAGUUGCACUUGUGCCGUCCGAAACUCUUUCGAACAUCGUUCAAUUCUGCAUUGAUCUCGACCGAAACCAACAACGAUAUCACAAAAUGGCGCAGAGUCGGCGGAUGAAAAGAAAAAAAAAAUUUAAGUCAUGUAUUUCGAAUGGGAAAUCGUCUCAUGUCCGGGGGAGUACCUGAUGUCGAGGUGAGGGCUCGUAUCUCGAGAGAAUUUCAUUCCCGGCAUUGGAGUAGUUCUGAAAAAAAGAAGGCGCCCUGACGAACACCCGUUCGGCUUUGGCACAAAUACAGGUACGGUCGGGUCAGGUGCGGGAUACUUCCAACCUUGCGCCGAAGGAUUACGAAAGACUUUCUCCACGCAAUUACAUCGGUAUUUUAUACGUGCGCAUCCCCACCCGUCGACCAUCGCUGUUCCCCGGUACGACGUAUACGUAACACGCGUCAGAUCGAGAUCGUGACCAUUGUGAAUACGUGCCGCGGGCACAGCUGUAUACGUACAGGUGCCGUGGAAGUCGAGUCUCGUUAUGCGCCAAAAUUGUAUUUCCUCCAUUGUCGUUCGCAUACGCGAUACAUUUUUUCUCCCUACUCGGACUCCCUACUCGGCGUCGUCGCGUCGACGAGGAAAUGAUCGCGCCGCCGAUCGCUCGACCGCGACGACGGCUCACGUACGGAGGCAGGCGUUCUUCUCGAGGAAUGGCAAGUACGAUACGGUACGAUCAUCGUUAACGCGUGGUCGAAAUCCGAGGCGACGUUUUUCAGCUCGUUCCGCGAGCCGCAAAUCAAAGGGGACGGUUUCGCUCGUCGUCGGCGACGACACGUGGAACCGCGAUCGCCCUCGACCAAUAAAUAAACGAGUGGGUCGCACCCGAUUAUACCCGUACACCUCGAAUCUGAUUAAUUACCGACCACCUCUCGCCGAAGUCUAAAGGUUAAAGACGAAGUUCUUGGAUAACCACACGUAUAACGUAAUCCGUGAUAUAUUACGUUGAAUCGAAAGCGGUGAAAUUCCGUCGGCGUGUCCGUAACGGCGAUUCGUGGGUUCUGCCUCCCGUGCACGGGGCACGGGGGGGUCGGGCGAAGGACGGCGAUCGCUCGGAUAACGCGGACGAGUCUAGGGCCGGGCCCGCGGUCCGGGGACGACGACGAGAACGGAGGGAUCGUGUUCGGGAUUCGCACGGGCGCGGUUGCUCGCGAGUAGGUGAGCCCUCGUGUGCCGUGCUCCGCACGUGGAUGGGUGAGAGGAGGCGUACGCAACGCGGGAUACUCGCCGAUCGCGCAAUUUCUCGGGCCACGUAAACACCUGCGUACGAACGCGGACGGGUUUAUAAUCCAGGUUUGUAAUAAUCGGUGUCGGCGUGCCGCGGAAUCGCCCUGCCUCGCGGCCUUACGCGUUUCCGCAUUUUACGUAACGCCGCGGAGCGCACUCGACUCCCACCCUUGGGGAUCUUUGGCGAUCGAGGCGUCCGGGCUGUCCUUUAUAAACGCACCGGCGUCUGCAAAAAGGCAGAACUGUAUCAGCGUUCGCAACCGUACGUCCACCGAACUUGGAAGAUAUCGUCAUGCGCUCCUUCGCCGUUGCCCUACUCGUCUGCGGAAUGCUCGUCGCGGUGGGAUGCGCGCCCGCGCCCGCGCCCGGGGGUUGGGGUGGUCACCGCGAACACCACGUGAUCCACGUACCCUACCACGUGCACGACAUUCAUCAUCACCACGUGAAAAAGAUCGCCUAUCCCGUCCACCACGUCGAGAAGGUCCACGUCCCCGUGCCCGUCCACGUCCACCACGUUCAAAAGGUCCACGUACCGGUCCCCUACCCCGUCCACCACGUCGAGAAGGUCCACGUGCCCGUCCACCACGUCGAGAAGGUCCACGUCCCCGUCCAUUACGAGGAGGAGAAGCAAUGGUGGUAGCGACCGUUCCCGGCAUCCGGAUGGAAGCGGAGCGGAGCGGAGAUACGUUCGCGUCGUCUCUUUGUACAUACUUACCUAGAUCUACAUAUUAUAUACGAAAUAUACACGCAUAGCCACUAAUCACCGCGUACGAUGCAAGUACAUCCCUCGCCUACCCACUCGUACGAAUUGCUCCGGCGAUUGAAGAACGAUCGGCGUGGAUCCGCUGCGGCUCGUCCACCGCGUGCUUCCGCGAUGAAAUCGGCGAGCCGAGCGACGCCGCGCCGAUAUCGAAGAGGAGGAACCGUACCGAAUAUCACGGAGACGAGCGAACGGAAGCGUCGAGCGAGAUCGUUAUCCAAUCGGCGGAACAGUCGUCGCGUAAUCUGCGACGAGUUGACCCGGCGGAGCGAAUUUCAUUCAAAGUUCAAAUGAUUUUGUACAGUAAAAAUUACAAAUAUAGGAUAUAGAAUUGUCAAUA